AUGGCGCUAUUUGGCCAAGCGAGCGCGACAGCAGCGUCAAGCUCGACCACGGGCGACACCAGCAAAGAUGUCGAAGUAGCCCGCGACCAACUGCCCAGCGACAGCAUCUCAGACCUCGCAUUCUCGCCCACCGCCGAUUUCCUCGCCGUCGGCAGCUGGGACAAGAAAGUGUACGUCUAUGAAAUCAACCAACAGGGCGCGCAGGGAAAAUGGGUAUUUGAGUGUCAAGGCUACGUUCUCGGCCUAGGAUGGUCAAAGGACGGCGCACGCCUCGCAGCCGGCGACUCCACGGGAAUGCUCAACAUUGUCGAUUUCCGCACCGCGCCCGCAAGUGGGCAAAUCCAAGCCCAACAAGCCAAAGCGCACGCCGAAGCCAUCAAAUCCGUACGCUGGUUCCAAACCGGCGGCAAAGACUACGUCGCCACCGGGUCAUGGGACAAGACGGUCAAAUUUUGGGAUCUGCAGGGCGCGGAGCCAGUAGGCACGCUCAACGCGACAGAGCGUGUCUACAGCAUGGAUAUCAAGGACCAGCUGCUCGUCAUCGCGACGGCCGAACGCCACAUCCACAUGGUCAACCUCAGCAACCCGACGACGAUUUACAAGACCAUCACCAGCCCGCUGAAAUGGCAGACGCGCGUCGUAAGCUGCUUCUCAGACGCCAGUGGCUUCGCCGUCGGCUCCAUCGAAGGACGCUGCGCAAUCCAAUACGUCGAGGAAAAAGACACAAGCCUAAACUUCUCCUUCAAAUGCCACCGCCAAGCCGACCCAACCCAACGCGACAUAGCCAAAGUCUUCUCGGUAAACUCCAUUGCCUUCCACCCGAUCCACGGCACCUUCAGCACCGCCGGCUCAGACGGCACCUUUCACUUUUGGGACAAGGACGCCAAACACCGGCUCAAGGGCUACCCCGAGGUCGGCGGCUCCAUCACCGCCACUGCGUUUUCCCGCGACGGCAAUAUCUUUGCGUAUGCGGUUAGUUAUGAUUGGAGCAAGGGGUAUGCGGGGAAUAAUGCGGCGUAUCCGAUCAAGAUCAAGUUGCAUCCUAUUAUUGGGGAUGAGUGUAAGCCGAGGCCGGGGGGGAAGAAGAGGUAG